UCCACAGCAGCGCCACACACACACACACACACACUCACAGACUGUGUGUGUGUGUCCUUUAGCGCUUUAUGAGAAGAGGAUGAUGUUCGGCUGAGCAGCUCGUUCGUAUUUAUUUAUUUUAUUUUAAAAACGUGUCCUCUAUAAAUGGGAUUGUUAUAAGGGAAACAGAGAAUGGAAACAUUAGACGCGUGUGACCCGUACCGCCGCCCGGCGCGCAGGACACAAUGGAUAGUGAGCACACUGGCUUACCAUUAUGGACUGGACCGCGGCGUGGAGAACGAGAUCAUAGUCCUGGCUACUGGUCUGGAUCAGUACCUGCAGGAGAUUUUUCACCACCUGGACUGCCAGGGCGACGGCAGGAUCCCCGCCGAGGAUUUCCAGAUCCUGUGUGAAAUCCUGGGGCUGAGUAAGGAGUCCGAGGCGGAGGAGUGCGCGGGGAUUUUGGAUAGCCUCCCGAGCGAGUUCACGUUCCGCCACUUCCACGCCAAACUGUGCGGCUACUUCAGCACCAAGGCUGGCUGCCACUACGAGGACGGCCGGUUGCUGGUGGGCCGAGAGAGCGAGCACAUCGAGACGCAGAUCCGUCUCCGGAGCCCGCUGAGGCGCAGGGAGAAGCUGCUCAGCCCGGGCACCGGGAAGCGCACCAGUGACUCCACGCCUGCAUCAGAUCAGCGCAGUUCAGGAUGCAGGCAAGGGUCAUGCACACGCGAGUGUUAUGAGGACAUUGUGGCUUUGGAGGAAGCAGAGGACAGGAUAGCCAAGCUGGAGGAGGAAAACGCAAGUCUUCGGGAGUUGGUAGAGGACAUGCGUGCGGCUCUUCAGAGCAGUGAUGCGCGCUCGUUGGCCUUGCAAGUUGGACUGUGGAAGAGCCAUGUGAAACACAGGCCAGACAGUGGCUGCUUUGUUGCCCAUCAUAAGCGCAUGGCUCAGAAAUCCACCACUCAUUGCAGUAAGAAAAGACUUCAGGACUUCUUGACAGAGCCAGAACUGGCCCGGAACUCUGAGCAGGUUGAGGACGUCCUGUUUCUAAACAAGAAGCUGGAGCAGGAGCUGCGUGUAUCUAGGGAGGCUGUGCUGUUGCUAGAGGAGUGCAACAGAACCCUGAAGAAGGAGCAGGCGGAGAUGAGGAAGAAGGUUGAGGAAGCCAGGGAGGCUCUGUUCAGUGGCUUGGGCAAAGUGAAAGAGCUGGAAGCCAAAGCAAGCCACGUGCCUGUCCUGCAAAGACACGUGCAGCAGCUGGAGAUGGAGCUUCUCUAUUACAGGGCCGAGGUCACCAAAGUGCCAGUGUCUAAAGUAUUCAGCAGCACCGAUGAGCUGCAGUACAGGGGCAGCAUGCGCCAGAGCGGCCGAUGUUGUCUGGAUACACAACGAGACCGUGACUCUCCAGCAGGCCAUGCAGAGACCACUCAUGACAACAGUCAGUUGUGUGCUUUCAACAUAAUUUUGGUGGAGGAGCAGCUCUUCCGCUCGGUGGAGGGUCAGGCAGCAUCAGAUGAAGAGGAGGAGAGGUGGACAGGAGAGCAGCAGAGACAAGUGGACGAGGUGAAGAGGAUUCUCACCAGGCUCUCCUGCUGUGGAGACAGAUGUGAUGAGAGGGCUCUGAAGAAGCUGCUGUCUCACUGGGGCGAGUCGUGGGCAGAAGAGAGCCACACUGCUGUUCUGCAGCUGUUGGAACGAGUGACUCGUCUCCACAAACAGCUGGAGCUAAGAGAGAGCCAGGCCUGGAGAUCUGAGACUGACCCUGAGCAGGUGAAGGACUCAUUAGUGCAGGAGCUACAGCAGAAGGCUGACGAGACGGAGCUCCUCCACAGAGAACUGCAGAUGCUGGAGACGGAGAGGGUGCGUCUGUCGCUGGUUGAGGAGAAGCUUAUAGAUGUGCUGCAGCUCCUCCAGCAGCUCAGAGAUCUGAACGUAUCAAGGAGGUCCCUGGGGAAGAUCUUACUGAGUACGCUGGAGUCUUGCAGUGAUCCCCAUCAUGGUACAAAGUCCAAACCCUGUCUGUCUGUGUUCAGCAAAAUCACUCGUUUCAUUCCGCAUGAUCAUGGAGAUCCAUUCUGCCUUUUUUCCCGCCCCCACACAGGGAAGGCUCAUAUUCUGGAGGUGCUGAAUGCUCUUUGCCAUGAACUGGCUGCAUGUGAGAUCCUCUCAAGCAGUGGCACUUCAGAGAACCCACAGAGUCACUCAUCUCUCACCAACUCACUUCUCAUCUCCUGCUGAGCAGCUGGCCAAACCGUACAGGAGGACUUUCUGCAGAGAUGCACUGUCUGAUGCUUUUCCUCUGUGCUCUCUGUGUUUUGUAACGAACUGUUUAUAUUUCUGUGUUAUGAGUUUGUCUUCUCGCUGUACAUGAAGAGAUAUCUCACGAAGUAAGCUCUCUCGGUUACCCAGAUAAGCCGAGUCAGACUCGGCGUAAGGUAUUAAGCUAACCCAAAUACUCGAUUUCUUGUCUGUGAACUUAAUUAUUUACCAGUACGUUUAAUAGAGGGUGGCACCAUGAUGCAGAGUGUAGCACUGCCACCUUACAGCUCCAGGGUUCCAUCCUGAGCUUGCGCUACUCUCGGUGUGGAGUUUCACUAGAUGUUCUCCCUGUGUCAGCGUGGGUUUCCUCUCGGUUCUCAGGUUUCCUCACACCUCCCAAAAACGUGCUAGUAGGUGUAUUCUCUGGCUGCCUCAUUCCCAGUGUUCCAUGAAUAUUGAACACCAUGACCCAACCCGGAUAAACGAGCGUGUCCUCACUGUAGUCUGUAGCAUGAUGAUGUAUUGGAUUAGAUCCACUAUGUACCGGAUGUUCUAACCCUAACCGUAGAUGAAUUACUUACCGAAAUACUGUCUCUGCUGUUGGCGCAUGCGUGUUACUAGCGUAACUAUUAUGCGUGCUAUUAGGCCCAUGUGUAGCUAGAAGUAAUCUUUCUGAUCACAUGGUUACUCUGGAUGGUCUUUCUGUUUCAUCAUGUGCAGCAGUUAAAGACCUUGGAGUGAUUAUUGACUCCAGCCUAUCAUUUGAUGCUCAUGUAGAUAAUAUUACUAGGAUAGCCUUCUUUCAUCUCAGAAAUAUUUCUAAAAUAAGAAACAUAUUGUCACUACAUGAUGCGGAAAUACUAGUUCAUGCAUUCGUCACCUCUAGAUUAGAUUACUGUAAUGCCAUACUGUCUGGAUGUUCCAGUAGGAAUAUAAAUAAGCUCCAGUUAGUCCAGAAUGCAGCUGCUAGAAUCCCAACUAGAACUAGAAGAUACGACCAUAUCACACCGAUAUUAUCAAUACUGCAUUGGCUCCCAGUAAAAUCUCACAUUAACUAUAAAAUACUUUUAUUAACCUAUAAAGCACUAAACGGUCUCGCGCCACAAUAUCUAAGAGACCUUUUGGUUUUCUAUGAUCCUCCACACCUACUUAGAUCAAAAGAUGCAGGCUAUCUGACGGUACCUCGAAUAGUGAAGGCUACAGCAGGGGGAAGAGCUUUCUCUUAUAGAGCCCCACAGUUAUGGAACAGUCUUCCUAUUAGUGUUCGGGACUCAGACACAGUCUCAGUGUUUAAGUCUAGGCUUAAAACGUAUUUGUUUACUCAAGCCUACCCUGACUAGAUUCUGUUCUACUACUUCGCAGUCAUAAUUAUCUUUUUUCUCCCUCUCUCCUUUCGCCGAGCCCCACACGAAUUUAUGGAGAUACUAGAGAUCCAGAUCCUUUCUGCCUCUGGAUGGAGCUCAAAUCUUCUUUAAUUCCAGACUGCUGGGACUACGGCUGCUCCUAACGCCAUACAGACUUCAUAUAAAUCCAUAAUGAACUUUUUCACACUAUCUGUUGUUACCCAGAUGAGGAUGAGUUCCCUUCUGAGUCGGGUUCCUCUCAAGGUUUCUUCCUCUUAAAACAUCUUAGGGAGUUUUUCCUCGCCACCGUCGCCACUCAGUGGCUUGCUCAGUUGGGAUAAAUUCGCACCUUUAAUAUCUGUAUACCGUGUUGAUAUUUCUGUAAAGCUGCUUUGAGACAAUGUCUAUUGUAAAAAGCACUAUACAAAUAAAAUUGAAUUGAAUUGAAUUGAAUUACAACAUCCAGAAUGUAAUGGAUCUAAUCCAAUACGUCAUCGCGCUACAGGCUGCAGUGAGGACCUCUUGGGAUAAAGCAGUAACUGUAAAUGAGUUCAUUCAUUUAAAGCUAGUUCCUUGACCAAGUUACUCAAAUAUUAUCGUUAUAGAAAUGUUCUAUUAUAAUAUGAUUUGUUCUCAAUUAGGGGAGAUCAAAACCCACUCAGGUAUGUUCACCUGUUUGAUUUACACUCCACCCCCCUGCUAUGGAAAUAUAAACUGAGUGAAAGACAGGAAAAUAUCUGUCAGCAGUAUCCUACUGUACAUACGCUGUCAACUCCAGGCUUAUUGGCAUUCUAAAUGAAAAUGAGCAGACAUGAACAUAUAUAAAAUCACUCGUUAUGUACUAGUUUUUCAUUUUUAAUCAAAUUGAACCAUUUUUGUGUUGAUUUAGAUGAUUUGUGAUCAUUAUCUUGUUGAUUACCUUGUGUGUUGUAGUUCCAAUGGCAUUUAAUGUAGUUCAGGUGCUUCAUUUUGUGAGUUGCUCUCAGGAAGGCCUUCACUCUUGCAGUUCUGUCUUGCGUGUCUCAUCAGCACCUCCUCACGCUUCCACUAAUCCAGAAAAACGUUAAAGUGCUCCACAUGCAGCUGUUUAUUAUGGCUCUCUGCUUAACUGAUCAUUGCAUGUACUCUUGAACUUGGUUUGUGAUCUGUCUGUAGUGCUGAAAAGAGUUGUCGUUAUGGUCAUGUAUGAUGUAGCCGUUUAUUAUACUCCUGUUUGGUCAAAGGCAACAAAACAGUGUUUGCUGAGAAUAAUAAUAUGUAAUUAAUAUGAAUUUAUUUGAAAUAUUCUUUAGAGUUGUCAAUACUUUUGCCUUGUGUAUUAGAGCAAAUAUUUUUUUUAAACUCAUUUUUAAGGGAAUUGUUUUGUUUUUUUUUGCGCUUUAGUGGAAAAUUGGAAACAUUGUGUUGUGUGUAUUUUAUACGUUUUUACAAUUUUUCUUGAAGGGUGCCAAUAAUUCUGGUGUUGAUGGAAUGUGUGUAGUUUGAAAGCUGCAUUUCUGCCAUUUCAGUUCGAAAUUACUUUAGCACUUUUUAAGCAUAUAUUUGUUUGAAUCUUUUUUUGUGAGCGACAUUCGCACGUCAGACAAUAAACGUGUGAAAGAUGUAGCAAUAAGCAUCGUGCUUAGAGGUACAGGAGCACAUACCCGACGUUUUAUGGGCAUUAUUUGUUGUACAGUAUGCGUUACAUGAAGGUUAUCCCAGUACUGAAUCUUAAAAAUAAAGAAAAUAUUUCGAACCAUCAUUAAGAUGCCAUUACGGAAUUCUGUGUGAGUGUGAUGGUUAUUUUUUAUCCCACCAUUAGCUGCAGAUUUUGAAAAUAAAUAAAUAAAUAAAUAAAUAAAUAAAU